CAACCGCCAGUAAUGCCGCCAUCUUUUUUAAGUCAUAAAUAUUAAUUCAAACGGCACCACCCGAAUUUCUAAUUAAAAAUGGCCGCGUCUAGGCAAUCGUUAAGAUUGUCAGGCUUGGAACCAGUGUUUACAAGCAUCGAUUCGAUUUGCGGAAUUUGUAAGAGGGAAAUCGACGUGAAUUUACGCAAUUGCAACAUCAAAAGUUGUUGCAGCAAACCCAUUCACAAAAACUGUCUAGCAGACUUGUUACAUGCGAAACUUUAUUGUCUGUAUUGUGGCCAAAAUGUUAACACAGACGAUGCAUGGCUUGAAAAUGAAGACCGAGAAGAUGAUGACCGAGUAGACGACGAGGCAAGGAUCUCCCACACCCUUCCAGGACGAUUGAGACAAAGGGCAUUGGAAGAGUUGAACGAACUCAUGAGAUUAGAGAAUAUAACAGCAGCAAUCGUACAGGUGAGUAGAGUCGUUUUCAGUUCUUCUUUCAUUCAAAGGAGGUGGUAUACAUUUUUCUUUGUUUAGAUCGAACAUGCCUUUGUUUGUGGGAACUCUAUUUCAUCGGGCUUGUCUCGUCUACGUUCAAGUAUAAAAACCAUUGACACCUUAAAUGUAGAUUGUCAUCUUUGUUUCACUUUUUGGAGUGAUAAUCUUAAUUUCAUCGAAUCGAUCAAUCACACUUUUAGAGUUCGACCCCAUAAAGUCGAGUUCGCCUCUUGAUUAAGUGAUAUCCAGAUGAGUUGAUUUGUGACGAAGGCACUAGCAGAAUGUGCCAAAUGUCACGUCAGCGACGACCAUUUUGAAUUUCGGCAAUUGCGUGGAACCUGCUUGGGAACUAGGUUAACGGAAUCAACUAUACACUGAACUUGUGAUAAAGAGAACCACACUUAAUCAAAACAACAUUGCUUAACUCAUUAUUCAGAUUGGAAAAGAUGCAAACCAACCUUGGUUUAUCUAACGAACACGAAAUGUUCGGUAAAUAAACUUGGUUCUAACUUGUUUGCAAUGUUCGAUAGCAACUAAUUUAGACAUGACUCAAUCUGGGGGUGAACUCGACUUGGUGGGGUCGAACUCGAAAAGUGUGGGGGCGAACACGGUAUAAGGUAAAGGCGAACUCGAAGGGGCGAACUCGAUAGGAAGCGAAAGCGGCGGAUACCGACCACCCAAUAUAUGGUUUAUUCUAACCAUAGGAUGAAUAUCACCAAACAUGUCAUCUGAGUAUCGAAUCAGAAAACAAAAUCAUUUAAUUGAUCGAUUCGUGACACCAGCCAUACUCUCUUUUUUUCAAUCCGUACAAUUCACUAUCCGUUUUUCUCGUCAAGGAACCAUGAGAUGGCAUUAUUUUUUUUUCCAGUAGAUCUAACAACAUAAUUUUUUUUUUCUCAAUGAAGGUAAAUGGCAUCAUCGUUGGUGAUGAAGGCAGACAAGCUUUGGUAUCCCGUUUCAGAAGCAUCCUCGCCUCAUUGCAUGAUUUUAUCAAUUACGAAAUCCAUCGAGACGUUCGCCUCUAUCGUGGAUCAAGAGUGUCAUUAAGAAUGACUGUACGAUCGAAUGCAGAAGAUGUGGAAAACUUCAUGAGAUCUUUCAUUCCGCUGGAAGUCAUAUCCUUUUUAGACCUGGGCAUACGUGUACGGUGUUGUUCCCUGGAACGGCUGAUCAGUUAUCAAUUAGAUUAUUGA